AUGGUGUCACGUGAACACAGUAUGUCCUAUGCAACUCAGUCUCAGCUCAACAACACUGUUAGACUGGGGUUUGCGGAAAGAGUGGCGCUCUCCACUCUGACUACAGCACCAUGCUGCAUCUUCUUCUACAUUAAUAGCACCAUGUUAUUCACCUUAAGGAGUAAAUCUGUGUUUCGUGAGACCUCUCGUUACAUUCUUCUGUAUAACCUCCUUUUUGCAGACACUGUGCAGAUGGCACUGAGCCAGCUGUUGUACACACUGUCUGUUUGUAGAACAUUGUUGACGUAUCCUGUCUGUGGAUUUCUAGUUAUGCUUGCCAAUCUCACAAAUGAGGUUUCCCCUCUCACACUGGUGGUGAUGUCUCUGGAGAGAUAUGUGGCUGUGUGCUACCCAAUGAGGCACGCUACCAUCAUCACCAUCAGAAACACAGCCGUAGCUAUCAUUACAGUUUGGGCCUUUUGUUCACUAAAUGUCCUCAUUCGAGUUUUUUUACUGUUAGAUUUUCCAUUUGAAGACCUGGAGAGCCUGCAGAUGAAACAAUUUUGUAGUACACUUAUCAUGUUUCUUGGGCCAAUGUCUGAUUUCUAUGACAAAGCCUACACUUGUUUCCUGUUUGUAUCAGCUGGUGUAGCAGUCACUUCCUCAUAUAUCGGUGUGAUGGUAGCAGCCAGGUCAGCCUCCACAGACAAAGCUUCAGUCCGUAAGGCUUCUAACACACUGCUGCUGCAUCUGGUGCAGCUGGGCCUCAGUCUGUCCUCAACUAUACACAACCCAUUACUUUUAGUUUUGUCAAGAAUUGUUACAAGGACAGGACUUGUGCGUAUCCAGAAUGUUUUCUAUGUUCUUAUUAUCAUUCUCCCCAGAUGUCUGAGUGCCCUCGUCUAUGGACUCAGAGACCAGACUAUCAGACCCAUCCUUGCAUACUAUUUAUGCUUUUUAUACCAUAGAUUAUAG